GAGAAACUUCAUAAUUCCCACCGUAUUCAAACAAAACACUCCAUCAUCAACCUAGGCAAAAAUCAUGGUACUUGUUCUUGACUCUUGAGAAGCCAAACCUGAAGCAGAAACCAAGAAAAAAAUCAGAGAACAACCCCAUUUUAAAUCUUACCCCAAUGUCGAGAAGAAACCUUUCCCAAAAUCUCAUCUUACUCAUGAGUUGAUGAUCGAGAAUCCAGAGAUGGGUUCAUCUUCUCAAAAGCCCUUUUCCCUCAUUUCUCUACCCCUGCUACUUCUUUCCCUUCUUCACCUCAUCUCACAAUCCAGCUCAGAAUCUGACUACACCAGCUUGAUUUACAAGGGCUGUGCAAAGCAGGAACUUUCAGAUCCGAGCGGGGUUUACUCACAAGCCCUCUCCACUCUUUAUGGCUCUCUCAUUGCGCAGUCCUCAAAGACCAAGUUUUUCAAAGCAUCCACUGGGAGUAACCCGAGCACAGUCACUGGGCUUUUCCAGUGCAGGGGCGAUCUGUCCAACGUUGACUGCUAUAACUGCGUGAAUAGGCUUCCCAUCCUCAUAGACAAGCUUUGUGGGCGACCCAUGGCUGCAAGAAUCCAGCUUUUUGGGUGUUACAUGCUCUAUGAGGUUUCUGGGUUCCCACAAAUCUCGGGGAUGGAGAUGCUGUACAAGACUUGCAGUAGGAAGCUGGGUCAAGGGAGUGGGUUUGAGGAGAGGAGAGACACUGCUUUCACCAAUCUGGUUGGAGGGAUGGGUAGUGCUAAUAAUGGGUUCUACACCACCAGCUAUGAAUCUGUGUAUGUGUUGGGGCAGUGUGAGGGUGAUGUGGGAAGCUCUGAUUGUGCGGACUGUGUGAAGACUGCUGUGCAGAGAGCUCAGGUUGAAUGUGGGAGCUCUAUUUCUGGCCAAAUCUUUCUCCACAAGUGCUUCAUUAGUUAUAGCUCUUAUGCUAACGGCCUCCCUAAACCAUCUUCUCCUUCCUCUUCCUCCUCUUCCUCCUCCUCCUCUUCUUCUUCAGACUCACCUCCUUCCUCAGGGUCAGGACAAAAUGCAGGGAAGACAGCAGCUAUAGUAGUAGGAGGGGCUGCAGGAGUGGCCUUUAUAGUCAUUUGCUUGAUGUUUGCCAGGAAUUCAAUGAAGAAACGUGACGAUUAUUGAAGGGAGGAAGCUGCAUUUUUAGCAGAAACUUAUCCUGAGGUGGACCUUUCGUGUAAUUUGUUCAUUCCAUCGGAGGGAGAGUUUUGACUCCUUAUUGUGGAUCUGGAUUCGUGUUAGUAAAAACUAUUUGAGGUUUGGGUAGUUUUUUUUUCUUUCCUUUUUUACUUUUUUACUAGUGGGGGGAGGGGGGAUAACUCCAGCUGUUAAUGAAUGCUCAAGUAAUUAUUGAUUUUUUGGAGGGUGGAGAGGGUGCAAGAAUUAAGAAAGAAUCAUUUUUUGUCAGCAAUGAAAAAGAUUGGAAACAGCCCUGUUGGGUUUUUGGCCUUUCUUCCCAAUUGCCCAUGUGAAAGCCAUCUCCUUUUUUCUAUUUUCUAACAUAAUAAUGGUCUUCCUAUUAUUUCUCCAAACCUUGUGUUCAUCAAUAUGGAGAUAUAUAGGUGGACACCAUCACAUUGCUUAAAAUAAUCUAACAGCUUUAGUAAGUUCCACAAGGUCAUGUCUCUAUCUCUUGGCUUGUUUUCAUAUGUGCUAAUGGCUAUACAAUUUAGUUAUCUAUCUAUUUCUCUUUUUAGCUCUCAUUCCCAUACUUUUGUGCUCUCUUUGUUACUGGAUGAGUUAGCUGUUGGACUUUGCAUCAGUACCUUGUAAUGCUCUUGACAUCAGUUAUUGUUUGCCUCCAAACCAUUAAUUAUGAUGUUUCACCAUCUUUGCCAGAGGUUUUGGUUCUGAAUUGAUAAAUGUAGACAAAAAAUUGACAUUAUUAAUCCACUUCCAUA